GUGCACAUGAAAUCGAUAGUCGUCUAUAACCAUAAAAAGUACAAGGCUCGUUUACACACAGCAGACAUCGUGACAAUGGAAGACACCUAAAUCACGGUAGUGAUGGGUCAGCGUAGUUCUCGUUGCAAAGAGGCAGAAAAAGAUUUUGGGCGCGAGUACAAUUUCCAUCAUGGUACACCGCCACAAACUUUCACCAGUUUGGUCGAAGCCCACCCAUUUCCUCCAGGUGUUGGAGAGGAGGAUGUAGGUAGGAAAAAGAAGAAAAGGAAGAAGGAGGACACCUCUAAAAAGGAAAAGAGGUUCAGGUUGUGGAGGUGGACCUCUUGUUGGAGAGCUGGUCAAAAAAACAAGACCAGCUCAGCUCAGGGUGAAGAUGAGGCUCAGGGUAGUGAUGCAUCUAGAAGUCGUGAUGAUCGGUUCAUCUGUACUGUAGAGAACCACAAUCAUCAGGAACUUUCGCCUAUUGACCCUGAAGUCUCUCCUGCAGCAGAGGAACAUCUAGCUGUUCAUCCUGAUGCAGAUGUCCUCCAUUCUCCAGUAUGGAGCGACAAUGUGGCUCAGACUUCAGUUGAUACUGCAUCAGACCUGAGCGCUGACAUCGUACAGACUCUAGUCCUUCGUACCGCAUCUGACUGGAGUAUCGACUCCGACCUGACUCCAGUCUUUACCACAUCGAACUGGAGGGCUGAUGUCGCCCAGACUCCAGUUCGCGCCAUGUCAGACUUGACCCUUGACAUUACCCAUACUCCAGCACGCAUUGUGUCAGACUGGAGCAUUGACGUCACACAGACUCCAGAAUGCACUGCAUCAAAUUGGAGCGCUGACGUCACCCAGUCUCCAGUACACACAGCGUCAGACUGGAGCAUUGACGACGUCACUCAUACUCUAGACUGCGAUGGUUCUUAUUGGAGCAAUGCUGUCACCCAGACUCCAGCACACACCGUGUCGGACUGGAACACUGACGUCACCCAGACUCCAGUCCAACGUACUCCUUCUGAUUGGAGCAUCGACGUUUCCCAGACUCCAAUCUGCACCAUGUCAAAUUGGAGCGUCCAAACUUCAGAUAGUUCCACACAGGUCUCUGUGUCACCUCUGACAAGGCAGCCUGAGAAUAAUGGAAAGAUGAAAACUGAGGUCAUCAAUUCUUGCCACUAUGUGAUCGGUGACAUGCUGGGUGAAGGGACCUUUGGAGCUGUGUAUAAGGGGAAUCGUCUGCAGGAUGGCUUGAAGGUAGCAGUGAAAUAUGUCACAAAGACAGAGAAUGUGGAAUACAUCAGUAUCCCGGGUUAUCCCAAGCCCCUCCCACUAGAGGUUGCACUGCUCAUCCUGGCCAACAGAGGCCCCAGCAUUCCAGAAAUAAUCCAGCUGCUAGACUGGCAGGACCAGCCUGACCAUUAUAUUAUGGUGAUGGAGUGCCCCUCGCCCUGUGAGGACCUGUUUGGUUUUGCAGAACUCUGCGGAGGCAGCAUCGAUGAAGCCUUAGCUCGUGACAUCAUGCGGCAGGCAACACAGGCUGCCUAUAUGUGCUGCCGACGUGGCGUUCUACAUGGCGAUAUCAAACUUGAAAACCUCCUCAUCAACAUGGAGACCCAUGAAGUCAAGCUAAUUGACUUCGGGUGUGGUGACCUCCUUAAGAAAUCAGCCUACAAGAUAUUCGCUGGCACUGAUCAGUACUGUCCCCCGGAAUAUACGGAGAAGGGCCAGUACAAUGGAAAGCCAGCAACAGUCUGGUCCCUUGGUGUUCUCUUGUUCGCACUGGUGUGCGGGGAUUAUCCCAACACUGAUGACUUAAACAAGAUCAAUGAAAACAGCUUCUCCAAAGCUGGCUUGUCAGUAGAAUGCUGCCAUUUGAUUAGUUCUUGUCUUCAGCAAGAGCCAGAGCAGCGGCUUCGAUUAAGCGAGAUUCUUCUCCACGACUGGUUCAAGGUCACAAACCUGGAGAACCUGAAAACAGUGUGAAGAAACGGACCCCUGGUGUGGCUUUUCAGUUGUGGCCCCAGCUUCCAAAUUUCCUGUCAUGGCCCUAGAGCAAGUGUGCUCAACCCUAGU